AUGCUAAUGGAUUUCCUUCUAAUUGGUCUGUACUUAAAGUGGCCUCUGAGGAAGCCCCCUGGGUUGAUACUGUGCUUGCUGGGCAUCUUGUUGAAAAUGGUUCCCUUGGUGGGGGGGGUAUGUCCGAGGCUGUGCCGCUGCGACAACAAGCUGCUUUACUGCGAGGGGCUCAAUUUGACAGACAUCCCCCGCAACCUGAGCAGCGCCAUCGGUUUGUCCCUGCGCGAGAAUAACAUCUCGGAGCUGCGUGAGGCACACUUUGCCGGCCUGACACAGCUCACCUGGCUUUACUUGGAUCAUAACAGUAUCGAGAUAGUCGAGGAGAGCGCCUUUGAGAGACUCCGUAGGCUCAGAGAGCUCGACCUGAGCACAAACAGGAUUGAGAAUCUUGCCAACGGUACCUUCAAACCCCUGCCAAACUUGCGCAUCUUGGAUCUAUCUUACAACAGGCUACAGGCAUUGGAGCCUGACCUUUUCCAUGGCCUUAGGAAGCUUACCAAUUUACACCUGCGCUACAACGCCCUAAAACUGGUCCCCGUUCGGAUCUUUCAGGAUUGCAGGAGCAUGCAGUUUCUGGAUCUGGGCUACAACCAGCUGCAGAGCCUGGCGAGAAACUCGUUUGCCGGGCUCUUCAAGCUCACGGAGCUGCAUCUGGAGCACAACGAACUGGUGAAAGUCAACUUGGCCCACUUUCCCCGCCUCAUCUCACUACGCAUGCUCUACAUGCGCAAUAACAAGGCCACCAUUGUGGUAAGCACCUUGGACUGGACUUGGCACUUCCUGGAGAAGAUCGACUUCUCCAACAACGAGAUCGAGUACAUCGAGCCGCACGUGUUCGAGAGCGUCCCGAACCUCAAAACGCUCAUGCUGGACUCCAACAGGCUGACGUACUUGGACCAGAGGAUUUUGGACUCAUGGACAUCCCUGGGAAGCAUCACUCUGUCGGGCAAUGAUUGGGAGUGCAGCAGAAACGUCUGCGCCCUGGCCUCCUGGCUCAGCAACUUUCAAGGCCAACGUGACAGCGCCUUGUUGUGUUCCAGCCCCGAUAUCGCCCAGGGGGAGGACAUCCUGGAUGCAGUCUACGCGUUCCAAUUGUGCGAAGACCCUACGGACGCCACGACACAAACCUACACCUCCACCAGAGACCGUGCCAGGGGCUACAUCUACGAGGGCCCCACCAGGAACCCCUACGACCUGCAGGAUGUAGUGGGCGGAGAGGUGGUGACCAACUCCUUCACGGUAACAGUGGCCUCCGACGACCUGGAAAGCACCAUGCAAAUCCAUAAGGUGGUUACAGGAACCAUGGCUCUUAUCUUCUCUUUCCUCAUUGUGGUACUUAUGCUCUACGUGUCCUGGAAGUGUUUCCCCGCUGGCCUGAGGCAGAUGAGGCAAUGCUUCACGAGCCAGCGCCGUAAGCAGAAACAGAAGCAGACCAUGCAGCAGAUGGCCACCAUAUCCCCAUCCGAGUAUUACGUCGACUACAAACCCAACCACAUCGAGGGAGCCCUGGUGAUCAUCAACGAAUAUGGAUCGUGUACCUGCCAGCAGCAACCCUCAAGGGAAUGUGAGGUGUGA